UCAAUUUUGUUGUUUUGAAAUAAGCGCUUCUGUCUUCGCGCCUUUAAGACCAAAACCCAUAGAUUCCCAAAUACGCUUCAUUUCCGAAAGGCCAUUCACACUCACUCUCAUCACCGCCAUGGCCUCCGCCACCGAAACUCUCCUCUCCAAGCUCGAAUCCGCCGAUUCCGCCGGGAUUCAUCGCCUCAUCUCCGACUACCUAAACCCAUUCGCCGACCUUCACAAAAAGAAGACCUCAACCGACCACCAAACCCUACAACGCUCUCUCGCCAAAAAAUUCACCCCCUUCCUCAACCGCGCCUUAGCCAUCCUCCCCAAACGGCUCGCCGAUCCGUCAAAGCUAGAUGCCAAAUUUGCCCCCGAAUUGUUCGAUAUCUACCGCCUCUGCCUCGACUCCAUGGACGCCGUCUCCUCCCAAUUUUCCGGCAAGCCCUACAAGUUUCACAUCCAGAGGAUCCGGUUGGUUUAUGCAUUCGAGGCCUGGGGCCGCCACAAGGAUGCCGAGUCCGAGGCGCUUAGGGUUUUGAAGAGCUUCAAGGCGAUUGAAUUGGGAACGAAACCGGUGAAUUUGGACCGUAGAUUUGUGCCAGGUGUCGAGCAGGGAGGCUGCGAUAAGGAGUUUGGGGCUUUGCUUGGAGAAGUGGUGUGGAUGCUAGCCAAGUGUGCUUCGUUAAUUCAAAGCCAGGAAGCCGAGGUGUAUGAGCGGCUGCUUUGUAUGGUUGAGGAGUUGGGACCUUGGUUUAGGGUGUUAGAUGAAACUGUACAUGACAAGGUGCACAGACAGCUUGCCAUUUAUCUCGAGAGGUGUACUCUUUUUUUAGUCCGGGAGCUAUCAUCCUUGGGAGCAAAUCUCGUAUGCAAGUUCUGCCGCAUAACAGUGAGCGAGUAUGCAAAGUCAUCCAUCAAAGAUCAUAUGUUCAAGUGCGCCCGUCGAAUAUGUUCAGCUGUAUUUUCAUUACAAGAGACUAGUUCCUCAUUGAUCAGUAACACAUUGUUAUGCUUGUUUGACUCCCUUGUUGAUGAAUGCAAGGCUGAGGUCGAAUAUUCAGGAAAAGAUUUUAUUGAACUUAUUGCUUAUUGUGCCAAUAAGUGUCGAACUGCAAGUACAAAUCUUUCUGGUACUAUGAGAUCUCAUUCAAAAAAAUUAAUAACUCACUUUGAUCAGGAUCCACCUUUAAAUUUGAUUCUAAGACUUUAUGCUACUGGUUUGCACUACAUUGAUUGUAGUAUAAAGUCAAAGGAUGAGGAUCUUACAUCUCCUGGAGGUGCAAUUAGAAUGUUGCUUGAUGAUGAGGAUACAAUGACUGAUUUGUCAGAUUGUCUUGAUUCAUUAGAAAGUUAUUUCCAAAUUGGUACAAAUGAUAUUUCCAAAAGUGGGUUUUCCAUGAGUCACGUGCAGAAGGAUUUAAAGGAUUAUCUUCUGCCUUAUUUUAAUGCAUUGGAGUUCUUAUGCCAUCCACUUGUUGACUUAGUAUAUUCGGGAAAGAAACAGAUUUUUGCUGAUAAUGGAGCUGCCUCUGUUUCUAGUGAACUGUGUGUUAUCCAGGGUGCAUUUCAUCAGUUAUAUGAUUUGUUCCUUUCUUUACAAACGUACAGAAUUACUUGUGAGAUAGAUAUAGAUGGAUUUAAGCACAACAGCAUCCUUCGUGCUUCUGUGGCUGCUUUUAUACUUUCCACCAGAACGAAGCUUAACAUGCAGAAGAGUGCACAAAUACUGAACCAUGUCAUUACCAGUGAAUGGAUUCAACUUGAUGGUCUAAAGCAUAUAUAUGUCUCUCUCUACAAUACUGGUACACGUUUGUACAAAAACAAGGAGCUGAAUGAGGCUUCAGAGGCUUUGAAGCUUUCCUGCAAGGCAUCUUGGACUCGUGUUAUACAUCUCUGUGAACUGUUUGCAGGCAAAUUAAAGGUCGCCAGUGCUGAUCCUUCUGAAGAUACUAUUUUAGAUGUCUUGAAUGAGUCGUGUACAGGAAGUGCUUUUCUAUUGGAUAUUCUUAACCAAGUUGAUAAUCAUGAGGUGAAAAGAGCUAUGGCAGAGUGCCUUGAAACUUGGUCUAUUGCAGCAAAUUUGUUUGGGAGGCUGCCAGGUCCAAUGUCUGUGGUGAAGCAGUGGGUUAAGAUGGAAUGUAAAUGCUGUAACAAUAUGCAUAUUGAGGAUAGCGGUCCAACCUUAUACAGUCUGCUGUCAUCUUCUAAGAAAAUAUCAAAGAAGACAACUGAGAUAAUCUUGGAGCAGGGACUUCUUGCUUACGAGAAAAUGUAUGCUGUGAACCCCGAGUUUUGUCAGAAGAUGCAAAUGCAAAUUAUAAACAUACUACUGCAAGAUGUGUAUGUGACACCAGACAGUUGGUUACAAAAAGCAAGAAUUUUAGUGAGAAAGGGAAGAGCGUUAAAACUUUCUGGGAUCGAAGGUCUAAAAGACUGUAUUCAUUGUUUAUCAGAAGCAAUAUCUUCACUUCAGAGUAAGAUGUACAAUAACACCAGUAUCCAUCAAACAUCUCCUCGCCAUGAAUUAGCUGUGGCAUAUUGCUUACGCGCGCUUUGUACCCAGGAGGAUGAACCACAAUCAGAGAAAAUGUUUCAAGAUAUCCGUGCUGCCCUUGAUGCAUGGUUGGGCAUUUCUACUACAGACAUGUGCUCUCCAGAUGACAAUUGCUCUCCAGAUGACAAAUGUUUAAUGGUGUCUGAAAAUACGAUGAUGCUCCUAUACAAUAUUAUUGAUUUGUUGUCUAUCAAGGGUCACAUGGAUUAUUACCAUGAUAUAUAUAGGCUUUUGAUUAGAUUAUUUAACUGGAAAAAUAUCCCGUUAGAGAAGUGCUUGGUCAGAUUGUGGGAGUGCAGGAGAGUUAGUCAUGCCCUUUGUACUUCACCUGUUAAUGAUGCACUCAUCAUGAGCUUAUCAGAUCAUUUUGGUGAACUUCCAAAGUCUAUUGAUUUUUGGAUAGAUUAUCUUAAAGGAUCCCAACAAUUGGUAAUAGGCUUCCAACAUAAUUUCUCAUUUCUAUUUACAAAUUUACCUUGGGGCCCAUGCAAUCAUGCAAGCUUGUUCCGAUGUGAAAUCACAGUUGAUGAAGUUAAAAAAGCUGCUCUUGAACUUAUUUCAAGUGUUCCUGUAUCAAGUGAGUCGGCUUAUGUAGCUGCAUAUCUCUACUAUGAUUUAUGUGAAAGACUAGUUUCAAAUGGACAGUUAGUUGAGGCUCUAUCAUAUGCAAUGGAAGCUCACCAGUUACGCCUUGAACUAUUCCAAAAGAAGUUUGCGUACUCUUUCGUACGAAAGGCUGAAAAGUACAAUGAAACUAGGGAUACCUAUCAGAAGUUUACACUCGAAGAUCAUAAUCUGGAAGUUAAACGAUCAGUUGCCCGUGAAGUUUGGUCCUUUGACACCAGUUCAUGUAACUUGGAAAACUGUUAUCUUAGUCCCUAUAAUGUACUUCAAUGUUAUCUUGAAAGUACUCUUCAGGUAGGGAUUAUCCAUGAAAUAGUUGGAAAUGGAGCUGAGGCCGAGGUAGUUUUACAGUGGGGAAAGACUAUUUCCUGCUCACAAAGCUUGCCACUAUUUGCAGUUGCAUUUUGUUCGGUCUUAGGAAAACUGUAUCAUAAGAAACAGCUUUGGGAUUUGGCAGAGAAGGAACUUCAAAGUGCCAACCAAUAUUUGAAGGCUAGUGCAAAAGAUAUUUCUUGCGUAAAGUGCAGAUUGAUGCAGAAAGCAACUGUUAAACUGAAUCUUGGUGAUUUAUACCAAAGCAAAUUUUAUAGUUCAAGGAGUGCAUCUUUGGAGAAAUUGUCUUAUGCUGAAAGUUUGUACAAAUCAGCACUUACCAAGCUAAACCUUUCUGAGUGGCAAAAUUCUGUUAGUUGCCCUGGACAAACUGUACUUAAAGAAGUUGGAUAUUCUGCUGGCAGUAUUUCUAGUCAUUUUGCGGAAACCAAGGUGGAACCAAAAAGCAAGAUAGAAGCUAAAAAGUCUAGGACUAAGAAUGCCCGAAAACCAGUGGGGAGGGAUCAAGGUUCAGUUCCUGAGUAUAAUUUGAGGUCAACUCGGUCUAGAUGCCAAUCUUCUCAGAACCAAAGUGUAAGAGGUACUGGUGUCCAAGUUGGUCAUCCAAAACAUUUGAAACGAAGCACUGAGUGUGAUUCUUCUGAUAAUUUAAGUAACAAUGACUUUCUUUUGGAUUUGAAAACUUGUGAGGUUUCAUAUGGGUCUGACCUAACAUGCAUUUGCAACAAAAUGAGGUGUUGGCAUUGUCUUCCCAUGGAAGUUAUGGAAUCUGGGCUACUGAAAAACUUUGUAGAUUUGAAAUGGGAGUAUGUCCGUAGGCGUCUCUCUCUCAGGCUUCUGACAGGAUUAGGAAAUUGUUUGGAGAAUCAAGGUCAAAUUCAUGAAACAAAUGAAUUUAUCCUGCAAAGCAUAUUGAUUUUAGUCAGCAGGAACCCAUUUUGUAUAACUACCUCAUCGAUUCCGUCGACUUCCUUGCUUGAUUUAAUGGCAAAGGAAAUCCCUGGGGAUGUGCUUAGUGUUGAGCGUGCAGAAGUACUGUACAGCAUAUGUUGGCUGUCUUUAAAGAUUCGUUCCAAGAAUACCAGGGUUAUUUUCUCUGAUCUGCCUCAUAUUCAUCUACCAAAACUAGUGUCUUGGCUGAUGUUAGCUUUUGUGCUCUGCCGUGAAGUUCCUGUACUUUUUCAGAAGGUUUCUAGAUUGCUUGCUGCUAUAUUUUUACUUUCUGCCUCAAGUGAGCUUUUUUCUUUGUCAUCUUCUUGCAAAAAGCUCCACGAAAAUCAUUGGGCUUCUUAUUUUCAUCAAGCUUCAAUUGGCACCCAUCUCAAUUACCAAUUUUUCACGAAAGUAUCGGAGAGGUGUAAACUCCAACACCUUUUAAACGGUGAGGGGGCACAUGUUGCUGGCUCAUGCUUGGUAUCAGAAACACAGAAAUUACAUAGGGUCGCUCCAGAGUCAAUUCAAGACCUUGAAGAAUUUGUGACAGAAUUCUUUUCAGGCCUUCCAUGCACCACCAUCAUCUGUAUAAGUGUGCUUGGAGGCCCUUAUGCUAGUUUGUUACAAGAAUUGUUGUGUUUUCCUUCACGCAUGCAUGCAUGGAUUCUGGUUUCACGCUUGAACUCUAAGAAUCAACCUAUCAGUAUGCUUCUGCCAGUGGAUUCAGUAUUAGAAGGAGAUUCAGAUGAUGUUAGUUAUACUGGAAUAAAGGAUUGGCACUGUCCAUGGGGUUCCACUGUGGUUGAUGAUGUAGCUCCAGAGUUUAGAUUGAUAUUGGAGGGGACUCAUUCAUCAUCUGUGAAACAUCCUGUACAAGAUACAAAUGAGAAAAAGCUUAACUGGUGGGUGCAGAGGAAGAAUUUUGAUCGCCGCCUUGGUAAAUUUCUGAAGAACUUGGAAGAUUCAUGGUUUGGUACUUGGAAACUUGUCCUACUGGGUGAAUGGUCAAACUGCAAGCAGUUGGACUUGGUACAUAAGAAGCUGGUGCGCAAUCUGAAAUCCAAAUGCAAAAUGGAGAUAGAUGAGAGUCUUUUGAAAGUCAUCCUUGGGGGUUCCAAAUAUGCCUUCGAAGGAGGUGCACGUGUUACACAGCUUUGUCUUAAGAAAGGUUCCUACGUUAGUAAAGUUGGAUAUUUAGAGGAAGAGAAGUGUAUGGCAUCAUGUAAUGAUUCUAAUGGUGGCGAGAACUUGUCUGAGUUGGCCUCCAAACUAGUUUUAGAAGCAGUGAAUGAGCUUGAAGGUUUACAUUCUUCUUUAAAUAUAGAGCCAACAAUAUUAGUUGUGGACUACGAGGUGCAGAUGCUUCCUUGGGAGAAUUUACCAAUCCUAAGAAACCAGGAGGUUUAUCGCAUGCCCUCUGUUGGGAGCAUUUCGGCAACAGCCAAUAGAAACUACCACAAUCAAGAUCAAGUUCAGAGUAUUGUGACUUCAUUUCCUUUGAUAGAUCCCUUGGAUGCCUUUUAUCUUUUGAAUCCCAGUGGUGAUCUAAAUUAUACACAAAAUGAAUUUGAGACAUGGUUCAGAGAUCAAAACUUGGAGGGGAAGGCCGGAUGUGCACCUCCUGCUGAAGAAUUGGCAGUAGCGUUGAAAAGCCAUGAUCUAUUUAUGUAUUUUGGCCAUGGAUGUGGGCAACAAUAUAUUCCUAGACGUGAGAUUCAGAGACUGGAACACUGUGCCGCAACUCUCCUUAUGGGAUGCAGUAGUGGUUCUCUGAAACUGAAUGGAUGUUAUGUUCCACAAGGUACUCCACUAUCCUAUCUGCUGGCCGGUUCUCCUGUCAUUGUCGCCAAUUUGUGGGAUGUGACGGACAGGGAUAUUGACCGAUUUGCAAAGUCCAUGCUUGAUUCUUGGUUGAAAGCAAGGUCGAGUCCCUGUGUGAGUUGUGCCCAAUGCAACAAGAAAGUCACAAAAAAGAAAUUGGCCACAAACCUGUCUUGUGAGCAUAGGCCAAAGGUUGGAUCAUUCAUGAGCGAAGCACGUAAAACUUGCCAGUUACCUUUCUUGAUUGGAGCAGCACCAGUAUGCUAUGGUGUCCCAACUGGCAUAUGGAAAAAGGAGUUGUAGUGCCAUCACAGGUUAGAAAUGUAUAUGAAAGAUGUUAAUUGUAUAGCUGUUCCCCCAGUUUUUGUCAAUAUCUUAGCAGAUGAGUAUAUAUUAUUCAAGAAGGGUAAAGCCGAAGUACCACUAACAGAUAUAGUGAAGGUUGAUUCAACAUAUACCAUUGUAAAUUUGUAAUCCUUUCCGUUUCUCCCC